UGACAUUCAGGUGCGUCCCGAUUGGCUGGCUGGGACCUCGGGAAAUCGGAAUCGAGAUGCCAAUGAACGCAUCGAGAUAAACCUCAAUUCAACGGACCUGACUACGAAACAACCAGCCGAUCCGAUCACGCACAGCGCAGCGCAACGAAGACAGCCUCGCUCGCUUGCCGUCGACGAUACACAUUAAUCGAAUACCCGAUCGGACGAGCGUCUUCUUCCUUCCCGUCAAGAUGAACGUACAAAGAGUUGGUGUCAGGGCGCUGCAGCAAGUCGCACGACCCAAUGUCUUCGCCCAGAAUAUCCCACGCACGAUGCUAGGCGCUCUCCAAACGCGCAAAGCAACCACAACAAAGACCACACCAGAGGAAGCCCAAGCCCUCCUCGCCUCGCAGCGCACGCGCCGCCCCGUAUCCCCGCACCUCUCAGCCUACGACUUCAAGCAAACCUGGUUCGCAACCUCAGUCUGGACGCGCAUCACAGGCGGCGGGAUGACAGCCGCGCUGUACCUAUUUUCGAUCUCGUAUCUCGCGGCGCCCCUGACGGGCUGGCACCUGGAGUCGGCGACGCUCGCGAGCGCGGCGGGUUCGCUCUCCGUGGCCGGCAAAGGGGCGCUGAAGAUGGCGAUGACCUGGCCCUUCGUCUUCCACCUGAUGAACGCGUGCCGCCAUUUAGUCUGGGACCUGGGCAAGGGGUACAAGAGGCCUGUUAUCCACGCGGGGAAUAUGGCGGUUUGGGCGGGCAGCUUUGUUGGUGCGGCUGGGAUUGCGUAUUUCUUCUAGGGGAUGGAAGGGAGGGGUGUGAAGAAGGGAGGAGAGGGGAGGGGGAAUGAUCUAGUAUUUGUAACAAAAAGGAAGGAAAAAAAUUGAAAACUAUGAUCAUGCUUGAAGCUGUGCAAGGUUGAGGUUUAUAAUGUGACCUUGUCUGCCUACAUCGGCUCAGACACUAAGGGCUAGACAGCUGCUUCAUAUUUAUAGCUGUUGAUUUACGAUACCUUCGGUGCAACAACAGAUGAAAAUGGAGGUAUCCCAUGCACAAAUACAAGA